AGACCCACAUUCCUUUGCCUACCCAUCUUCUCAUCUCUGCAUAAUAUAAUAGUAUCUAGUGCUACGCAUAGUACUUACUAUAGUACCUGAUAGUACGAAGUUAGUACAUGCAUACAAGAAAUCAGCAUGGGUAGCACGGAGGUAACACCGAUCCCAAAGAAAUUAAACGAAAGCAACGAUAUCGGUGAUGUUUACGGGCCGAACUUAAAAAUCCUUCCAUGCAAUAAUCAAGUGAAGGAACUGCAGACUAUAUUGCGAGACAAAAACACCACGAGGAGCGAUUUCAAGUUCUACGCCGACCGUCUGAAUUUAUUACAAGUAAUUGAAUUGUAUCAAAUCGAUAUUUUUAUGAUAAGGCUAGUGAUAGAAGAAAGUUUAAAUCAAUUACCUUUUUCGAAAUGUGUGGUAACUACACCAACUGGUGCCAAAUACAAUGGUUUGAAGUAUCAGAAAGGAAAUUGUGGAGUGUCUAUAGUAAGAAGCGGAGAAGCCAUGGAACAGGGUUUAAGAGACUGCUGUCGUAGUAUAAGAAUUGGAAAAAUAUUAGUUGAAAGUGAUGCAGACACCCACGAAGCCAAAGUAGUUUAUGCAAAGUUUCCAGAUGAUAUAUCUGAAAGGAAAGUCUUACUUAUGUAUCCAAUAAUGAGUACUGGAAAUACUGUGAUAAAAGCAAUUGCUGUCCUAAAAGAACAUAAUGUAAUUGAAGAAAAUAUCAUUUUAUCAAAUUUAUUUUGUACACCAAUUGCAGCUAAGUCUCUAGUCACUGCCUUCCCUCAGAUGAAAAUUUUAACAUCAGAGAUUCAUAGCAUUGCUCCAAAUCAUUUUGGACAAAAAUACUUUGAACAAGUAAUCCCACAGUAAAACAUGCAUUAUAUGAUGCGCAAAGUGUAAUGAAAAAUAUCUUUUAUGUAAUUAUUUAUUAAAAUUAUAGUUCAGUGAUUGUUACAAUUUUAAUAGCAACAAAAAGUUAAUUUUUUAAAGCAUAUUUUAGGCCAAUGUUUUGUGAAUUUCACAAAGUAUGAUUUUGUUACAGAGUAACAAUAUAUAACGUCUUUCAAAUGCUAUGUAAAAGAAUAUUAAUUUUCUCACAGUUUUUUCAUGUUGCUAUAAAUAGUAACUUAUAAAAUUUAUAAAAAUGAUAUUAAUUUAUAAUGUGAACUAUGAUAUUGGAAAUUUUGUAUACAACGUAAGUUAUUUGAUAAUUUCCAAUAGUUUCAUACAAUUGUAGCAAAAAAAUAUAAAAUAAUGCAGAAUAUUUCAUUAUCUGAAUGAUAAAACAGAAUUUUUACUUAAUAGUUAAAAAUGCAAUUUGCAUAAUAAUGUGGUAGUCACUCUACAAGUUUAGAUAAUUGUUUUGGGAUAAAUUUGUCGUUAAAGCAAUUAUAUAAUUAAUAAAUAAGGAAAUUAUAGAAAUACUUUGUUUUUAAGUACACGUCUUAAAUUGAAUUUAAUAAGUAUUGCAAGAUGUAUUUAAGUAAUAUUAUUUAUUUAUUAUUUAAACAUCUUGUUCUUCAAUUUGUAUAUAAAUAGUAUUGUAUAUCAAGAUAGAUAUGUAUUUUAUUGUAAACAUGGAUCAUCAUGGAUCAAUGAAAUUAAUGAUAUGAGAACAUUUAAUAUCUGCAUAACGAAACAUGAUAUUUUGCAUCAACAAUAUGUUUGGCAUUAGUAUUUCGAUUUUCUCCUAAUUCUCAUUAUAAUAGUGUCAACUGUUGAGUUUAAUUUUGUUUUAAUACAUGCUAAUAGUGUGUGAAUAAGUACAAAUAUUAACAUAAUAUUCAACAUAGUACUAAACAUAAGUUUUUGAAAACAUACACCAAAAUGAUGUAUGACAAUGUUACUUACCGAUACUAAUAUGUGAUUUCAUUUUUCAUAAAUAGUCACAUAUACCAAAUUAAAAUCAUUUGUUAUAAAAUGAAGAACCAUUUUUAUAAUUAUUAUGUAUUACUAAAGUACAUACAAAUUUUCUAACUAUGGAAAAUGUUAAAAAAAUGUAAAUUUAUGAAGCUUAUCACUACCUAUAUCACUAUCAUAUUAAUCAGAUUUUUUGUGUGACUGUUGAAUGGUAUCUAGAAUUGAUGAUGCAGCUUUUACAUGUAAUAAUCUUUUUUAAAAGUAUAAUUAUUAUAUAUUAUCUUUUAUAACUUUUCUUUACUGAUUUCAUUCUUUUUAUUUCUUUUUAUUUUUUUGCUCCUUUUUAUAUUAUGAGACAUACAAGGUUUAAACUCUGAAAGUCUGUAGACCCUUCAAAAAACAAUUUACCUUGAAACGUGCCUAUAAAGAGAGCUGCAUUACAGUAUCUAGAGCUGUGAUUUUAAGAACCAUAUGUGCAUUAUAUUAUAUCAUUUGAGUGUACACAGAUGUCUGUUAUUACGAACAAUACUUGUACACCUGUUAUACUGUAAGUUACCACAGAGUAAUUUUCAACGUUUAUAGCAUUCACAAUAAAUUUAUAUUAGUGAAAAUAUUGUAUAAUAUGUAUAUCUUGAGAAAUAUGAAUAAAAUUUCACAGCAAGUACUAAUUACCCAACAUAAACAAUUUAAAAUAAACAAAACUUUACAAAAAUGGAA